GUGGGAGGAAGACCGAAGCGAUCUGUCAAAAAUUGUAGCAGAACUUUAGUAGUCAGUAUUUCGGUUGAUAGAAAUUGACGUUGUAGUAAUGGACGACGGUAAAAAAUGCCGUAAUGAAAUGUUACAUUGUGUUUAAGAAGUAAAAGUUUGUCAGCGAUGUAAAUUGUUGAACUGUGGUGAAAAAAUAGGUGUUUGAUGUGAAGUGCUGAUUAUAUAGUCUCGCCGAAUAAAAGAUUUUCCUAUUUGGCUCUAAAAGUUUCAUCGCAGAAAUGACAGCCAUAGAAACAGGGAAGCAGCACAAGGAAAGGCUAAUAUGGAAUGUAAAGAGGGAGGUAAAACAAAUAAUGGAAGAGGCUGUAACACGCAAGUUUGUUCAUGAAGAAAGCAGCUCAAUAACAUCUCUAUGUGGAGCAGUAGAAGCUUGUCUUUCGCAAGGUUUAAAACGACGUGCUCUUGGUCUCUUCAAAACAAGCUCUACUACAGCACUUAUUCACAAAGUUGGGAAGGUCUUUGAACCAGCUGCAGUUGUCUCACAACUUGUGAUGCAAGCAGAGGCUGUGGAUCCAAAUCGGCGUUCCAGUUCAAGUGGCGACUCCUCAGCACUGCAGAAGAAUGGUUCUCAGACUUCACCACCACCACCACCUCCACGAUACCUAUGGAUUCGCAUAGCACUUUUUGAGAAAUCUUUGGCCAAGAUAAUUGACUACUUGGUGCAAAACAGUAGCAAAUACUAUGAGAAAGAUGCCCUUGUCGCAGAUCCUGACUAUGGCUCAAUCUUGAGCUCCCUUCUUGUUGGCCCGUGUGCAUUGGAUUACUCUAAAACAAAGACACAGGACCAUUUCUGGACUGAUCCUCCAGCAGAUGAAUUAGUGCAAAGGCAUCGUAUAUCAACAGGUCAGAGUACCCCUCCUCCUCGACGCCGUACUGCCCUAAAUUUUGGUCGAAGUUUACAUGCGGUAGGGUCUGAGGAAUGUGUACGGGCACUACCGCUCUCAGCAAAGGAUUAUGUUGAAAGCCUGCACCAGAACAGUCGAGCCACUCUACUUUAUGGGAAAAAUAAUGUUCUCGUUCUUCCUAAAGACCGGACUGAACCUCUGCCUGGAUAUUUGUCAUUACAUCAAACUGCAAGUUCUCUUACCAUAAAAUGGACCCCUAACCAGUUGAUGAAUGGGUAUUCUGAAUCAGACAUUUCUGAUAAAAGCAUGUAUUGGGAGUAUGCUAUGAAUGUACCAAUAGAAGAGGUCGUCUAUGUUCAUUGCCAUCAGCAAGCUGACAGUGGUGGAACUGUUGUCUUGGUGAUGCAAGAUGGAGUCCAGAAACCUCCAAUACAUUUUCCUUGUGGAGGUCACCUUUUGUCAUUUCUGUCCUGCCUUGAGAAUGGUUUGCUACCACAUGGACAGCUGGACCCCCCACUAUGGUCACAGAGAGGAAGAGGCAAAGUUUUUCCACGUCUUCGAAGAAAGGGGCGAGCUCCAGCACAACAAGAAAGUGAAUCAUCUGAUUAUGUAUUUCGUAUUGUCAGCAAGACAAAUCAUGAAGACUUUUUAGCGGGCACUGAACUGAUGGAUCCGUGGCCGUGGCGUAACAUACCUGAUCCCCAGCGGCUUGUAUCCACGUCUACCGCGAGUAGCUCCACCUCAUCAUCGAAGUCAUUGAGUCUUGAUCAAAAUGCUCCUGAUGACCCUAUACAGCAAGUAUGUACCUCAAUGAGGCGACAGAUAUCAUCUAGGGCAUUCUAUGGGUGGCUGGCUUAUUGCCGUCAUCUGCGCACAGUUCGAACCCACCUCUCAGGACUGGUGCUCACAACGAUAGUGCCAUCCAGUGAUGCAGAAUCUGGUCUGACUGCUGAACGUUGGGCAGAACUAUCUAAGGCUGAAGGGCAAGCAGCAGAAAUAUUUAGGCUUACUUAUUAUGGUGGCAUUGAACAUAGCAUUCGUAGACAGGUAUGGCCGUAUCUUUUGGGACACUAUGAAUUUGGUAGUACAGAGGAGACACGUAAUGAGCUGGACCGUCAUACACGUCAGAUGUAUGAAACAACAAUGUCAGAGUGGCUAGCAGUUGAAGCUAUUGUGCGACAGCGCGACAAGGAAGCUAUGGCGGCCAAUCUGGCAAAAUUGUCUUCGGAGAGCACAAGUGCUGAUGCACCACCACCUACACCAGCCAUCAACAAAGAACUUAGCAAUGAUGUGUUUGAAGACAAUAUUAGUGAUGGUGCAGACAUAAGUUAUGGUGCACAAUUAGAGGAACAGCAGAAUGAACACAAUCAUCUGGAAGAAAAGUUUGCAGCUCAAUGCGCAGCAGGUUUGGGGAAGCUGACAGCAGAAUGCAUUCGUCGAACUAGUGCAGUUGACUCUGAUGAGGAUGAUCCAACAUCUCCAGAUGAAGGUGUCGUAGAGGAUGUUGAGACAGAAUUUUUGAUGAACAAAGCCAACAACGAACCAGUUUCUGAAAAAGUGUCUACUGAAGCAAAGACGGCAGCACAAUCUGGAGCUGUCAUUGUGACAACGAAUCCAUCACUUGACAGUGGCACACAUUCAGAUCCUCUAGCCGAUGACAUGGGGGAGAGAACGCUUGAGACACAUCCUGAAGAACACGAUACUCUUGCUGUAGAAGAGGAGGAGUCGGCCCGCUCUUCCUGUGUAUCCCCAGCGAGUUCACAAGGUGGAGUCUACUCGGCAGAACUGCUGGAAACGUUUGGCUUGAAUUUACAUCGCAUUGAUAAAGACGUUCAGAGGUGUGACAGAAACUACUGGUAUUUUACACCUGAUAAUCUGGAGAAGUUACGAAAUGUUAUGUUCACGUAUGUUUGGGAACAUCUGGAAGUUGGCUACAUGCAGGGAAUGUGUGAUUUGGUUGCUCCUCUACUUGUCAUCUUUGAUGAUGAAGCCACAACAUAUGCUUGUUUCUGUCGUCUCAUGGAACGAAUGGCAGCCAACUUUCCACAUGGGGGAGCUAUGGAUACACACUUUGCCAAUAUGCGGUCACUGAUACAAAUACUGGACUCCGAGAUGUUUGAAUUGAUGCACCAGAACGGAGACUACACUCAUUUUUAUUUCUGCUACCGCUGGUUUUUGCUGGAUUUUAAGAGAGAACUGGUGUAUGAAGAUGUCUUCAGUGUUUGGGAAACAAUCUGGGCAGCAAAGCAUGUUUCAUCAUCACAUUUUGUACUUUUCAUUGCAUUAGCUUUAGUGGAGACCUAUCGGGACAUUAUACUUGGUAAUAGCAUGGACUUCACAGAUAUCAUCAAAUUUUUCAACGAAAUGGCUGAACAUCAUAAUGUGAAACUCAUACUAAAUCUUGCAAGAGAUUUAGUGCUGCAGCUGCAAACACUCAUCGAAAAUAAAUAAUAUUUUUAUGCUUACAAAAGUUAUUGUAAUUAAUAGGAUAUACUUUAAGCACUAAAGUACAAAAAAUUAUGCCCUCAGUGUUGGUGAAUGAAUUGUUAGAAUUGAAACUAAAUAACUGUUUUGUUUUUUAUCAGGGCAUUCACAAGUCUGAUCUGUCAUUGCCAAAUCAUAUUUAAGCCAUGAUUGUAGUUUAAAGAAUGUAUCAUGUGCGAAUUAUCUGUCAACAUGAAUGCCGUGCUGAUAAUACAGCACUCUUCAGUAAUGAAGUUUUGGAUUGAUGUAA